GAGACGCGAUCUCGCACAUUUGGGAAGGCGCGUCGCGACUGAUCACCGCGUUUCGCAGACUUCGGCUGGGAAUCGAUCCCUCUCGACAAAAGAACACGACCAGAAACGCGCGAGUGAAGCUCGUCGGCAUCCCUUCACCGACAUUCGUCGAAGAAAAAAAGGUGUCAACUCGCACGAAAUCCCAUUAGUCCACAUCGAGGGAGGUUGCGUGAAUCACACACGAGCGGUGACAACAAUUCACGCGAGAUCGAAGAUCGCGAGAUGGUCGCUGGUUGAGAUGGUUUCUGGCAGUGAUGCCCUCAUCGGAGGAGGAAAGCCAGUGGCUUGUUGGCAGUGGGGGCGGCCUCGCACCCUCCGGUGGCAGCGCGACGAAAACGGGCGCGGGCGAACGCGGCAAUAGAACCGGUCUCUACACCGAGGAGAUGACCCAACAGCCGUCGAACGUCACCACGGCCGGCGUGAACUCGGCCUCGGCCGAUUCCGCGGAGCACGAUCUCAUCGACUCUACCGCGGACGCGACCCUUCUGGCGCAAUUUCACGAGGACGCCAUCAAGCAGGCUGGAGUGGGUUACUUCCAACUGUUUGCUGCUUUCUGUACAGGAUUAAGUCUUGCAGCUGAUACUGUUGAAUUUUUUGUUGUUCCUUAUAUACUGCCAAGUGCAGAAGUUGAAUUGUGCAUCGAAGACAAUGAGAAAGGAUGGCUUGGCAAUAUUACUCUUGUCGGUCUUGCACUUGGUGGAUUGUUCUGGGGUGGUUUGGGAGAUAGACUGGGAAGACAUAGAGCUCUUCUCUCAGCUAUGUCCGUACAUGUUCUAUUCAGCGGUGUCGCGACAUUUAUGCCCACUUACGGCACUUUCAUGACGGCUAGAUUUUGCUCAGCUCUUGGAGUAGGAGGAGCUCUACCGUUGGCGUAUGUAUAUCUUGCAGAAUGCUGUCCGCGAUUAAGCAGAGGUCGUUGGACGGGAAUACUCGUGGCGGCAUGUGCACUUGGAGGUGUUUAUGCCGCUCUUCUGGCUUGGGUGGUGGUACCCACGACAGGAGAAAUGGUCGUUCUGGAAAAUAAGGAACACUUCAGCGCCUGGCAUCGUUUUCUGUUAUUGUGUUGUCUGCCGGCGGUGUGUUCCACGGUCGGUCUUAUCUUUUUACCAGAAAGUCCGAGGUAUCUUGUAGAGGCCGGUAGAGAUGUGGAAGCCAUGAUGGUUUAUCAAAGGAUAUACAAAAAGAACAACGCACGGAGAGGUGGUACAGGUGCUCAGUAUCAACUCUCUGAAUUGGAACUUCCAACUAAGAGACCCCGAGGCUUGGCACCACCAUCUCCCAGUAGUCACACUAGCGUUUUAGCGGACAUAAUAUAUUCGAUUGAAAUGUUCUGGAAUUCAUUUUUGGAGUUAUUUGCGACACCUCAUUUACGUGUGACGUUGGUUUUGUUGAUUAUCUGGUCCGCCGUUUCAUUCAGUCUCUACGGUCUCAUGGUAUGGUGUCCCGAGUAUCUGAAACGUCUGCGAGCGAUAGAAUACGAUGCUCAUACUGAAAUCUAUCUAGGCAAAGAAUAUAAUGGUACAACGUUUACUGGCUCUUGGGAAAAUCGUCAGUACAAAGACUCUACAUUUUUAAACUGCAAAUUUACUAAAAUGGUAUUCAGUCACGUUGACUUUGACAAUUGUACCUUCCAGUCAGUAGAGUUUACUAGCAUUAAGUCUAGCAAAACCCAUUUUAGAGACAGUGUGAUUGUAUAUUCGAAAUUCGUUGACACAGAUUUAUCCGCGCAAGCUUUUACUAGAUGUAAAUUGGAAAAUAACACAGAACUGAGUUUAAGUGGACCCUGUCCAACUCUUGAUUUGGAUUACAACAUUUACAUAGAAGAAGCGUUGCAUGCUCAUCUCGUUGCUCAAUUGGCUUACGUGCCUGCUGCCGCGCUAGCGGGUUUGGCACUCACCGUUCUCCAGCGGCCAAAAUUAAUUGGUUUCUCACUCUUCUUCUCUUCCGUUACCGCAUUGUGUCUGAUACUAAUCCGGAAAAACAGUUCCGCAGUUCUUGGUUUCGAAGGGGGUUUUACGGCUCUUUUCGCCAUUGGAUGGACGUCGCUAACUUUGGUCACAGUCGAGAGCUUCCCCACGCACUUGCGGUGCACCGGUUUUGGGCUUAUAGCAGCAGCUAUAAGAAUAUCGGGUCUGAUAGGAACAACGACAUAUCAGACAUUAGUGGGCGAACCAUUAAUUGCGCCCGCAUUAUUGACCGCACUGGUGUUAGUGAUCGCCAGCAUUGUAACUUUUAGAUUGCCUCACACUCAUACUGUCUUCUUAUAAGCUUUUCAUUAGUUAAAAAAAAAAAAA